CCAUUUUACCAUAACAACAUCUCAGGAUUAGCAUUCAAUUGUUACCACUUUGUAAUAAUUAAGGCAACUAUGGAAUCAUCAUCUCAUUUCUUUCUCCUCCUACGCCUUCUUAUUAUUCUCUGCAUUUCACCUGUAGCAAGAUCAGAUGAGCCUCUAGGCAACUUUUGCCGCGCCGACGCGAACUACACGGCCAACAGCACCUUCCAGGCUAACCUCGACCGUGCCCUCUCCUCCCUCCCCUCCGCCGCAGCCCCCUCCGGCUUCGCCAACACCACUGUCGGUCAAGCGGGACCCGAUCAAGUCCACGGCCUCGCCCUCUGCCGCGGCGACGUCUCUUCUGCCGACUGCUUGAGCUGCUUGAAGAACGCCACUAACGAUAUUGUUGCCGAAUGCCCACACGGUGCCGGGUCGGUGAUAUGGUACGACAGCUGCAUGCUCCGCUACAACAACAUCAGCAUCUUCUCGGUGCUCGACAGUUCGUUCAACAUAUGCAUGCCAACUCCGGCCAAGGUGUCGACGCAGCCGCAGCUGUUCGACAACUUGCUAGGGAGGCUGAUGGACAACCUCACGGUCACCGCCGCACAAUCACCGGAGAUGUUCGCCUUUGGCGAGGUGAACUUCACCGAAUCCAAUAAAAUCUACGGGAUGGCGCAGUGCACGAGAGACUUGUAUAGCGUUGAUUGCUACAGAUGCUUAAGGACUUUUGUGGAGGAUAUCCUAAGUUGCUGCGAUGGGAACCAGGGGGGGAGGGUGCUCGGAAGAAACUGCGUCCUCAGGUACGAGCUGUAUCAGUUUUACAAUGCGUCGGCGCUACAAAAUGCGGCGGCGCCGUCCGAGGCAAACGCAGCUGCACCACCCAAGGCGAGCGGAAUCAAUAGAAGUACAAAGACAAUUAUUAUUGUUGCCAUUUCUAUAGUUGCUGCUGCUUUGCUGCUCCUCUCUGUUAUUUAUCUCUGCCUGAGAAUAAUAAGAAGGAAACGAAGAAAACCAGAAAGAAAUGCUCUGAUCACAAAUGGAGGAGAUGAGCAGGAAAUUAGAAUGGCAAAAGCUCUUUUGUUCGAUUUGACAACAUUAAGAGCUGCAACAAGCAACUUUUCUGAAGCAAAUAAGCUUGGUGAAGGUGGAUUUGGCCCAGUGUACAAGGGGACACUACAAGAUGGACAAGAAAUAGCAGUGAAGAGGCUGUCGAUGAGCUCAGUGCAGGGGCUAGCUGAGCUGAAAAAUGAGGUGGUGCUUGUGGCAAAACUUCAGCAUAGGAAUCUGGUGGGAUUAAUUGGUUGCUGCUUGGAAGAGCAAGAAAAGCUCCUUGUCUAUGAGUACCUGCCCAACAGAAGCCUUGAUAAGUUUCUCUUUGAUUCUGUGAGGCGCGAGCAAUUAGACUGGGACAGACGUUACCAAAUCAUCAAAGGAAUCAGUCGAGGACUUCUCUAUCUUCACGAAGAUUCGAGGCUAAAGAUCAUUCACCGGGAUUUGAAAGCGAGUAACAUCUUGUUGGAUGGGUUUAUGAUACCUAAAAUCUCUGACUUUGGCCUGGCAAAGCUCUUUGAUGUUGAUUCGAGUAAAGGAAGCACGAGUCGGAUUGCAGGAACAUAUGGAUACAUGGCACCAGAGUACGUAAUUCAUGGACACUUCUCGGCAAAAUCAGAUGUUUUCAGUUAUGGUGUGUUGGUUUUGGAGAUUGUGACCGGACGAAGGAACGCCCGCUCUCAAGAAGCUAUUUAUGCCGAAGACCUUCUAUCCUAUGUGUGGAAGCACUGGAGCCAAAGGACUGCACACCAGGUGCUCGACCCGAGCAUCUUGGGACGGUGCCGGCUGCAGGACGUGAUGAGAUGCAUCCACAUUGGGCUGCUGUGCGUCCAGGCUGACCCGUCGGACCGGCCGAGCAUGGCCUCCGUCGUGCUCAUGCUCAACAGCCUCUCCUCCGCCCUUCCCGCCCCGUCGGCCCCCGCUUUCGUCAUCCAGCACGGCUCAAUUGCAGGCAACGCAGAUGAGGUCGAGACCGACGCGUCCGGCGUGCUGCAAAGGCGCACGACGAGGGCGGCGUCGGCGAACGACAUCUCCAUUUCGGAAGUCGAGGCGCGGUAGGGCCUCAGAGUUGGGGAAGAUUCAAUUUGAAUAUACCGAACUGGAGUGGUAGUGCAUGCCGAAUGAGCAGCAGAAGGCAUUAUCAUUAAUUUAGAUCUACACAAACGUUGAAUACUUCAUUCGAUUCUUUGUUUUGGUAAAAAUAUAUGAAACUUAUCUUAACUGUCCA